AUGUAAACAGAAUUUUGUUUACUUUUAACAAUUUCAAGUUUUCUUCAAAAUAUAUUAAUUAAAGUCUAUUUAAAGCAUAUAAAUAGAAAUGGACGAGCACAUUGAAAGCUAUUUGGACAGAUGUCGUUGCUGUUUGGAGGAAAUAACGCUAGCAAAAGUGGAAAUUGACAAUAAUAUUGAAAUAAAGUUUUUUGAAAUGACACAACUGAAUCUUCCUGCAUCUAAUUUACUAGCAUCGUACAUCUGUUAUGAUUGCUACGAGAUAUUAACAAACUAUUCAUCAUAUCGAUCAAGAUACAUUGAAAAUCAUCAGAGAUUGGAACAAUUGCUACUUAAUGCUGAGAAUUCAAUAGCAGAAGAAGAAAAUGAUGUCAUAGAAUAUGAAGAGAUUGAAUUAAGAGAGGACGAUGAUGAACAGAUUAUAGUCGAAGAGGAAGUAGAUGAGGAAAUUGUGCAAGAAACAUCAGAUGACGAGGACGAGGAAGAACUGAGAUUAGAGGAUAUUGUGAAACCAGAAUUUCUGCAUUAUUGUCUCCCGAAAAAGGAUCCAGAACCAAUUAAAAAAGUAUUUCAUGUCCCAAGACAGCUCGAAAAGAGAAAACGAAAAUUAAAUCAAGAAGUGCUUAAAGAGCAAGUGAACCAGGAAACUGAAUUUAUGUGCCAAGAAUGUGAGAAAAUAUGUCCAAAUCUAGAUUUUCUCGAGCAGCACAUCAAUCGAUACCAUCCCAAAUUUAUCUGUGAAUAUCAAGAAUGUGCAAAAGUGUGCAGCUCUCAAAUUCAGCUUGAUAAGCAUACAGCAACGUUUCACAAGACUAUUUUGUACGAAUGUACACAGUGCGAUAAGAAAUUCUACGAGAAACUGCAUCUAAAGAAUCACAUGUAUGUUCAUAAUCAAUAAGAUCUCACUAAAUAAAUUUAAUUCUAAUAACUUUGGACUAAACUGUUAAGCCACAAAGUAUUUUUGCCCACAGAUUGGUCCAUAGCUAUUCAA